UGGAAGCUCGGGAUUUACCAAGCGGGGGCCUUUAUCCUUUCAUACGGACUCUUUUCUGUAAUGUUGGUUCAAAAUGCAAAAAUACUAGCUAUGCAACACAGGAAAACAACCGCUUACGUACUGCAGGCAUCCAGACGGGUCCAGAGAGAUUCACAGGACCUGAUCUAGACAUCAUGAAAGAGAUAGAGGAACUUGCAGAGGGAUUUAUUGAGACCACAGAGAAAGCCAUGGCUUUAGAAAAGCUAUGGGAAGAAAAUUCAAAGUUCUCAGGGCUCUGUAACAUCACCACCUUUCUUAAUAUGGAUUUGAAUGAAGCAGAGGAGAUGAUUUCUAGAGCAGAAAACCUGUACAAGCAACCAUACUUCUGGAACUUUUUGCAUUCGCUCCCUCACCUUGAAUUGAGCAGCUUUUAUACAGAAGAUGAGGUAGCUGCUGUAACACAGUUUCUAGAAGCUAUUCAAAAUAUCUUAGCAUCAUUGAAGGAUUUAACUAUGAUGCCAUGGGGCCAAAGUUUCUAUGAAAUGGUGAAAACAACGUUGAAUUUAACUGCUGCAACAGUACAAGAUAGGAGCUUAGACGGUUUUCACUAUAAUCUUUCUCUCUGGGAUGUUUUGUGGAAUCCACAUGCAGUGAGAACAGAACUUGAAUCCAGGUUUGGUUUUGAUGAUCUUCACAUUGAGAAGUUACUAAGUUAUACAGCACAAUUAAGAAAGAUUCCCACAGGAGAGACACUGGAGCAGUUUGUGUGCUUUGCUCUGUCGAGAGUGCCAAAAGAUGAAGCAAAUGAAGAGAAUAAUGAAGACGAUUGUAUUUCUACAUGGCAUGAGGCCAAAAUAUAUCUUGUUCAUGCUGUCAGCAAGCUCAGACUCUAUGCACAGGUAUUUGAGCAAUGGUUCAGCAACAACAGGUUCUCUCAGAAACUCCUUUUGGAACUUGAAAGAAUCACAGAUGAUUUAAUGUCUCGGUUUCUAGAUGACAGGGAAGUCAGGAAACUUUUUGCAGAGAUAAGUACCCUGAUCCAGGAAUGGAAUAAGAAAUCAGAUGCCUACUUUUCAGAAGGAUAUACUGCAUCUCAUGAUCUAAUCCUGAAUCUGGAGAGAAUGAAGUCUGUACUUCAGGAUGUACCUCAAUGGCCUAUUUCAAAGAGAUUGCUUCUGGUAGAUGGAGCCAUAAGGAAUGUGAUAGCACAGUAUUUAUACUUCACUGAAGACGCUUUACGUAGCCUGGAAAAACUGAUUCCCUUUGCCCAAAGAGAUGGACUCAUUCAUCUUGACAUCAGAAAGCUCUUUGUGGAGCUAAAACAGAUGUUGAUGAGCAAUGCUUCCUAUGUUUGCAAUGACCUGCUUACAAUGUUUGAGAAGACCCUAAGACUUCCACAGGGCUCAGAUGGCAUUGGCAUUUUAGCAAUAUACAUGUGCCCUGGCAAUGGCUCAGAGGUGACCUUUAAGCUAGGUAACCAGCUCCAGUCACUAAAGGAAUCUGUCCUGCUUCUGCAGAAAGUAACUCAGGGACGACAGAGCCUGCCAGAUCCAGUAAUGAAUGACUCUUUGGGAUGGCAAGAAAUAGAAGAACAGCUAACCAAAAAUUAUGCUUAUUACUGUGAAAUUAGUCAGUUGCUGAGCACAGAAGCACCAUCUGAGGAGGAUGUCCAUUUCAGCUCUUGUCAGGAACAGCUGCUCUUCUCACUAACUAAUAAUACACUUGAAGAAAUUUUGUUUGUUUUUGAGAAUAACCCAUACUGGGAGGAUUUAGCAGCUUUUGUCAGUUGGAUGUGUGAGGUAGCUCAAUCCAUGAAUGAAAAAGCAGCAGGCACCAUGGGAGGUCAGUCAGAUGAGCUAGAAGCAUCUUUAUGUUCUAGACAAAAGCUCAAUUUGGAGACCAUUUUAGGCCAUUAUUUAGCAUUUCUGCAAAACUUACCAGAUUAUUCCUCAUUUAUUUCCUGGGCACGGAUUUUGACAUCCUUCAAAGAGUUCUUGAAGAGAGAAGAAAACUUAACUAUUUCUGGUGAAAAGGAUAUAGAUCAUCUUUUUCAUCUGGUAGAAGUCAUAGAACAUAUUAUAAUGCUUGAUUUCUCAGCUUCUUCAAACCAGUCUCUAAUUGAAAAUGUCUUGAAUAAUACAAUUACAUGGAUGAAAACUUUUGGUGAGGGGAAGGAAUCUGCAGUUUCUGAACUCCUUAAUGAGCUGCAAGAAAAUUUCCAGCCUCUUCAGCGAUUCUGGACGAAAGAGAGGAUAGAAGUUUUCUGGCGUAUAGUGAAAGUUGUAUUCUCUAGGCUCUCUCAUUUGAGGCAAGUGGAACAGGAGGAGGUAUUAGAGGCCUUAUCUAGAAUUUCCAUUACAGAAAAUAAAAUCCAUAAUAGAAGUAUACUAUUGCUCCAAAAUAUCCUGACUAGUUGGCCACAGUUAAAUAUUGCUGCUUUGAACCAUCAAAAACACUUAAGUGAAAACUUCCUAAGGAAUCUCUAUGAGGUUGGAUUGUUGGCUGAUGAUCAUGUCAAUGUUUCUUUCAGCAGAAUUCAUAGGGUUAGUAAUGCCUCCUCUUUAUUACUCUCAAAUGCAACUUUUAGAUACAAAGUACAAGAAUUGGGAGAAAUUGUGCAUGGUUUCUUCAAAAACAUCCAAAAACUAAACAGCAAUAGUGUGGUCUCACUUGUUCCAAUACUUUUCUCUUUGUAUCAGAAUGAAGAUCUCAUCUUAAAUGUUGAAAGCAAUAACACUCUGUUAACAGUUCUUUAUGAGAGUUUGAAAGUUAUAUCAUCUUUUCAAGGAUGGCAUGAUUUCCAAGAUAGGGAUAAAGUUUUUGAUUUGCUGUCUGAAACUUUUGAUGUUCUCUGGAACUUCAGUAGUAAAUCUCUCUGUGAAAAGUUACUAAACAUUUACAACUACACGGAAUUUCAGGCCCAGUCUCUUGCACAGAAAGGAAAAAAAGAUAUGCAUGUUGUCUAUAGCACUCUGAGCAGCCUUAAAACUUUGUUUAUAGAUGAAGAGCUCCAAAGAGAUGUCUUUUGUUAUUUGGAACAGUUUCUUGAUAUCUCCCCAGAAUGCCUGUCACAUAAUGAGUGCAUUGAUUUUUAUCUCUCAGACAUUACUUCUGAUGAUUAUUCAGCAGAGGUUUACAGCUUACUUCUGCUUUCACUGGACAGUGUUCUGUCUAAUAUAACAAACUUGGGAGAUAAGGUAAGUGUGCCUUAUGCUUUGCACUGCACUUUCACAUGGCUUCAAACCUGGACAGAGAUUUUUGAAGAAGCAUCCAAAAUCUUAAAUUUGAAUUCAACCUUUUUUGUCUGUCUAAGAGAUGAUUUGGCAAAUCUCUCUGAAAGUCUUUUAAAUGCAACUCAUGAUAAACUGUGCAAUAGUACAGCUAUGGUUAUUGUUGAAACGACAAGAGCAGCAAUGAAUCAAUUAAAUAUAAUAUUUGAAGGAGGUGGUGAUUUAAAUGACUGGAAAGAUUUUGAAGCUUUCCUUGCCAAUCUUCAAAAUGUAUUUAAUGAUGAAGUUGAUGUCACAAGCUUACUUAAAGGUAACAGUUUAGAAACUGGUUUAGAAAUGAUGGGACUCAUGAUAACCGAAUUGCAGAAAUCUCUACUAAAGGUUGUUAAUGGAGAGAUUUUGAAUUCUUGGCUUGAUACUUUAAUCUCAGAGAGAUCAGGAGAAUCUGAGGUAGAAGAUAGGGGUGCUGGUGUAUUUUCCAUUGGAAAUUCCCUUUCUACUCUUCUCAAGCUUUCCCAAAAGGAACUUGGAAUUAUUCUCACUGAGAUGAAAGACGCAUCUGCUUUCUUUAAGAGUGUACUUCAAGGAAAAUAUAUGGUCUGCAUCAGUGUUUUCCAGAAUAUUACCAAGCUAUUUUUGGACAAUACUCUGAAAGACACAAGCCAUUUGCAAACAAAUUUUUCAUCUCAUCUCAAUUCCUUACUAAACUUUUAUAGUACAGUGGAUGAAGCAGAGGAUUGUAACAGAUGGAUACAUGGAUUCCGUAAUCUCAGUGAAACUUACAAGUCACCUUCCCACCUUGAAAGUGCAAAACAUAUUUUAUUUUUGCUGAAAUCUCUAGAAAGCAUUGAGACAGGUACUAAGCUAAUGCAUGUGAUGGACAUUGUUAAUUUGGUUUUUAAUUUGAUAUUCCCUGAAUGUUCUGUAACUGGUUCUGAUGUGAUUUGUCUAAACGUUUAUUUCGGUAUUGUAGCAAAAGCUUUAAAAAAUAUUCAUCCUGAAUUUUAUGUAAAAGAUUACAUUAGUGUGCUUGAAUUUAUUUUUAUGCUUUUAAGUAACUCUGGAGGGCAGAUGGCUGUCAAUGAUUUAGUGGGGCACUCAUGGUAUGCAUCAAAUAAGACCCAUUUUAUUCAGUCAAUUCAUGGAUUUAACAGGACUUUGAGGACGUUCCCUAAUUCUUUUCACCACGAUCAGCUUUCAUCAGUAGAACUUUUGGCAGAAAUACAAACUCUUCUGAAAAAUAAAACUUUUGAAGUUCAAGAAAACAGCUCCUCUCAUUUAGAUAUUGAGAUUGAACCUUUCUUGCAUCAGAAAAAUGCCACUUUGUUGAUGGAGUUCUUUCAAUAUAUGAUUAGUAAACUUGACUUAGAGGGUGAAUACAAAACAUUUCUCCAGGAACUGAUAGAAACAGCAGCUCUAAAUAUUGAACUGUUAAAUAAAGCGCUUAAAAUAUUCAAGUCUUCUAGUUUUACUGGCUUUCCAUUAAGAGAUGAUAAAGAGUUUCUAAAGCGCAUGGUAGUCUUGGUGCAGAACAUGAAGAGCAUGGAUGUUGAGUUCUUGAUAAGACAAUUCAAACAAGUCCAGAGGAGCCUGGAUAACUUCUUUAAAAAUAUCAAACCUUUGUAUAUUGAGAACUCUGAGUUAAGAAUGUUGACAGACUGGUGGGAUGCAUUUGAGAACAAUUCAUGUAAUUGGAACCUGACUGGCUUAUGGCAAAUAACAGCACUCUUUGAACAAGAUGAGCUCUAUGAUGUAGAAGAGAUUUUCCAUUUCCUCCUUGAUGUCAUCAGUCUUACAGAAAGAUUAGCUCAUGGAAACAUCACGGAAGCUCUAACUGAAAUCUAUGCUUUCAUACUGACUCAGGAAGAAAAAAUGCCAAUGUUUUCUGAAGAGGAGUUCUCUAAUCAAGUAGAAAGUCUUCUGAUGUUACUGGAGACACUGAAAGCUACGUCUGAUGAACCUGCAGAAGCCUCAGUUUGUUUUUCUGCAGCAUUCUGCUGGAGUCUCACAACAGCAACACCUCCCACUUUUACACCUUGUGACUUAGUGUAUACCAAUUAUACCCUUAAUUACAGUGCAGUCAUUGAAGUAAUUAAGGAGCUGAAACUCAUCACUCUGGAAGACAGUUCCUCAUGCACUAUGGAAGACUUUCAGAUGGACAUCACUCGGAAUCUGACUUGCUUUUUUUAUCAGAUCAAAGAAUGGAACUCUAUUCUUUUGAAGUUUUCUGAGCUGCAUCAUGUAAAUGGGUCAGUUCUUAAAGAGCUUCUAGAUUUUUGGAAUGAGCUGUCCCUCUACGCUGUGCCACUGCAGGUGAACAAUACGUAUUCAGUCAACUGUUCUUCUACACCGAAGAGACAAGUGGCUUUACAAAUUAUAGAAACACUGGGCAGUAUAGCAGUGGCAGAAAUGGAGGUGGCCAAAAGUGUUAUUGAACAGCUAGAUGAUCUUUAUGGUGGUCUAAGUUGGAACAGACACACAAGAACAUCACUUAUAAAGACUGUUCUUACUAAUGUUAAGAAUAUGACCAGUGAAGUUUCUGGGCUUCUGGAUACAGAAGCUGUCCUUUCUUUUCUUCCUUUAAUUCAGCCUUUCAUGAUGCUGUCUUCUGUUGGGAACCAGACAUACUCAACACUUAUGGUAUUAUCAGCUUUAAAUGGAAACAGUAAUAUGUCUGAUAACUUUGAGAACUUCUGGUUGCCUGUAGUUACAAGUGUAGAAGAUUUAUUGGUGAAUUUGAAUGUUAGACACUUACUUGCAGUGAUAAACCAAGAGUUUCAGUUAUUAAGGUUAGUCACUGGACAGUCCUCUUCAAUGGAUCUUGAUGUUUUAAUACACCAGUUUAAUGCAUCAUCUGUAACUCCUAUGUUAAGAAAUUUUGAAGACAUACAAAAGAUCAUGAACAGCUUUGUAUGCGAAUGUAACAGUAAAAAUUAUUUUAAAAUAAUACAUUCUCUAAUUCUCCUCAUGACUAAUGAAAAUUCAGCGAAUGACCUAUUGCUGGUUGUGAAAGAUGUUAUUGACUUUCUGGAGAUAUUCCAAAAUAAGCCUAAGAAAGAUUACACUAGUAUGUUGUUUGUUGAUGGUCAUCUUAGCAGAGAAAACUUGAAUCAUACUGCUAAUUCAGUUUUGCUCAAGAGUCUCCUUCAUAUAAUUGCUGAUCUUGCUGUUACAGAAGAAUUACUCCAUCCAAACAAUAUUGAGCUUCAGGCAGCUGAUUUCACUGAUUCAUUUUUUGGUAACACAAAGAAUAGAGAAGUCUCUCUUCAGUCCCAAAACAGAACUCUGGAGUUUAUGCAAGAGAUCUUGCAGAUGAUAUUUCAGUCUACCACAGGGCAUGACAGGAACAAAAUAACCUUCCUGCUAAAAGAUUUGCAUAAGGAUAUAAUAACAGAAAUUAGAGCAUCUAAAAUCUGCGAGAUUCUUCAGGAACAUUUAAGCCCUCCUAGUGUCCUACUCUUGCAGAAAUUGCAGUUUACCAUUUUGAAUGUUCUUAAAAUCUUUUCAGAAGAACCAGCUGUCAUUAACAACCUUUUCUGCGUUGUUACAAAAUGUAAAGAUGGAUUAAUGGGUCACUUACUCCUCUCUGUCAUGGAAGGAAUCACUCUGGUUCAAGAUCAUUAUCAGGAUAUUGAAAGACUGUGGCCUGCUUUUAACAAGGGGGAUUGUGAGAUUAUGGCAUAUAUGAACCAAAAACUUUCCAAUAUUUUGGAGAGCUUCCUGAGAACCAUGCAGAAUACCAGCAAUGGCAACUGUGAAUGUCAACUAACUUUGGGGAAUGUACAGAGACAACUGCAAAUGGUGGCUGAAAAUUUGGAGCUACAUUUGUCAGAAAAUCCUGCAGCAGAGUUUCUCAGCAAUUUUAAUCUUUUGAAUGGUAUGAAAGUCAAAGAUUGUGUGCAGAAUCUUACUCAGCUGAGGCUGGACAUUGGCUCUUCUGUGAAUAUUUCUGAGGAAACUAUAGGUGCCAUCUUGGCAGCCAGUAUCUCUCAUUCAAAGGUUUCUUACAGUGCCUUUGUGGUAGCUUUAACCGGAAGAUGUGAUGAAGAAGUACUUAGCCUGCUGCUAAAGCUACCUGAAAACAGUAAAACUUCCCUGGUAGUAGAAGAAUUAUGUUCUUUACCAGCACUGGACUUGUAUACCAUGUUUGUACUGAUUAUACAGAAUUUGAACGUACGUCAUAUUUUUUACAAGUUUAAGAUACCAUCUGAGGUAGGCAAUGUGCUAAACAUGCUACUGGAUGUGGUUUCUAGUAUCAGCUCACUUCUCAAUAAAGCCCAUUAUGUCAUGGAAAACCUUCCAGUGUUCCUCCAAAGAAUUCAGACUACUGGUGUGCUUGACAUCUCUUCAUUGCAACAGUUCUUGCAAAGUGGGCAGUUCAGAAGUUCAGCUGUUGGGUCCCUAGAGUCUGUAAUCAAGGCAGUGUGUAAAGAAGAAUCUUCAUUAUUCAGCAGUGCAAACCUGUUCAUCGACAUGCCCAGAAUCAAGAGACUCUCGGAGGAUGAUAUGGCAAAAUAUGGCAUUCCUGAAGACUCAACUCCAUUUUGCUUGAAGCUUUAUCAGGAGGUUUUGCAGUCUUCUAAUGGUGCUUUGCUCUGGACUCUCCUAAAACCUUUAUUGCAUGGGAAGAUACUGUACAAUUCAAACAUCAACAUGAUUGACCUGGUGAUGAAGAAGGCUAAUUUCACUUUUAGUUUUGUGGAAAACUUGAAGACUUAUUCUGAGACAUGGCUUAGGAUGUCUGAGGUUUUUAAAACCAGUGGAAAUGUCCUCACAGUCUCACACCUGCAGGAAGCACUGCAAAGCAAUUUCAUAAAGCACUUCGUAGAAAGUCAUUUGGAUAUUGACAUGGAAAAACUCCUUAAAAAAAUGCAAGUAUAUGAAACUAUGAUGAAAAAGAUGCUUAACAGCUCAGCAAGUAAACAGAUUGACCUGUUGUCACAGCUUCUAGUAAAUAUAUCUUCCUGUGUGUUAUUGGACCGCUUCCAGGCUUUUGACUCUGUUGAGAAAUUGGAGGAGAAGGCUCAUGAGCUCAUGCAGCAAAAUAAUUUAUUGGCUAGUAUCAUCUUUGAUACGCCAAAGAAUAAGAUGCAAGAUUCUAGCAAUCUCCUACCACGACACAUUUCAUAUACAAUUAGAACCAGCAUUCUCUAUAGCAUGAGGACGGAUUUGAUUAAAAACCCAGUGUGGAAAUCCCAUCCCCAGAAGUUACCAGCUGAUGGGUUUAAAUACAACCAUAUCUUUAUCCCUCUUCAAGACAUGAUUGAAAGGGCAAUUGUUUCAGCACAGACUGGGACAGAUACCUCAGAGCCAGACAUUCAGGUGCAAGCCAUGCCUUACCCUUGUCAUACCAGUGAUCUAUUCUUGAACAAUAUAGGAUUCUUUUUCCCACUUAUGAUGAUGUUAACAUGGAUGGUUUCAGUUGCUGGCAUGGUUCGCAGACUGGUUUAUGAAAGAGAAAUUCAUCUUGAAGAGUAUAUGAAGACAAUGGGUGUACAUCCAGCCAUUCAUUUCUUUGCUUGGUUUCUGGAAAAUGUAACUGUGCUCACAAUAAGCAGCUGUGCUCUGGCCAUCAUUUUAAAAGCAAGUGGUAUCUUUGCUUAUAGCAAUGGCUUCCUCAUCUUCCUUUUUCUCAUGGACUUUGGAGUUACAGUUAUUAUGUUAAGCUAUUUUUGGGGAGUAUUUUUUAGCAGUGCUGAUACAGCAGCUCUUUGCGCCAGCCUUGUAUAUAUGAUCAGUUUUUUACCCUACAUAGUUUUACUGGUCUUGCAGAACCAGCUGAGUUUCACCAUCCAGAUUAUAAUGUGUCUUCUUUCUACAACUGCCUUUGGGCAAGGAGUAUUUUUCAUUACAUUCUUUGAGGGCCAAGAAACAGGAAUUCAGUGGAAUAAUAUGCACCAGGAAGUGGCACAAGGAGGAUGCAUGACCUUUGGAUGGCUGUGCUGGAUGAUGCUCUUCGACUCCAUUUUAUAUUCUGUAGGUGGCUGGUAUUUCAGCAAUAUUAUUCCUGGAAAAUCUGGAUUAAAGAACCGAUGGUAUUUUCCCUUUACUGUUUCCUACUGGAAGAACCUAUGUGGUGCAGAGAAGAGGAAGAGACAUUUUCUGAAUUCUAAUAUGUUUUUCUUCAAUGAAAACUUCCAAGACAAAGACCCAGCACCUCCAAUUUGCAAAUGCCCUUGCAUCGAAGAAGCUACUAUUGGUGUCAUGCUACUGUCUCUCACCAAAGAGCACAUGGAUGGCAAGAAGGCUGCAAUUAAAGAUCUCAGCCUUGCUUUCCACAGAGGUCAGAUAACAGCACUCUUGGGACCUAAUGGAGCUGGCAAGACAACAAUUAUGUCAUUGUUGGCUGGUCUGUAUCCACCCAGCUCUGGUACCAUUAUUAUUAAUGGAAAGGACAUACAUAGUGAUCUGGCUGCCAUCAGGACAGAGCUGGGUGUUUGCCCACAGUAUGAUGUCCUGUUCAAUGUACUAACUGUGCGAGAACAUCUGCUGUUUUAUGGAUCAGUGAAGGCACCUGGCUGGACAAAAGAACAGUUGAAUCAGAAAGUCAGUGGAGCUCUGGAAGAUGUGGAUUUAUCCCAGCACCAGUACAAACCAGUUGGAGCUCUUUCUGGGGGAAUGAAAAGGAGGCUGUCAAUUGCUAUCUCAUUCAUUGGAAACUCAAAGACAGUUGUUCUAGAUGAGCCCACCAGUGGAGUAGAUCCAUGUUCUCGACGUAGCAUCUGGGAUGUUAUUCUGAAGUAUAAAGCUGGUUGCACGUUGAUCUUUACCACUCACCAUCUUGAUGAGGCAGAGGUGCUCAGUGAUCACAUUGCUAUCCUGCAGUGUGGCCAGCUGAAGUGCUGGGGUUCUCCCUCUUAUCUGAGAGAAACAUAUGGCCAGGGACACAGUCUAACGCUGACAAAAAAGCCUUCUGUGUUUGAAAUCCAGGAUCCUAAACAUACUGUUCAGGUCACAUCUCUUGUACAGACCCACAUCCCAGAAGCCUUCUUGAAAGAGAACAGUGGGACUGAGCUGACCUAUGUGAUUCCAGAAACGGCAAAUAAGACCUCUUUUAAAAGUCUUUUUCAGGCUUUAGAUCAAAGCCUGCAUCGUCUACAUGUGACUGGCUAUGGCAUUUCUGACACCACCUUGGAAGAGGUUUUUCUGAAGCUACUGCAGGACUCAGAGAAGAUGCCCUGCGUUCCACGGACAGCACACCUGGACCAUAGAAAUGGUGCUGAAUCAUCUUGGGCCCUGAGUGUGCAUGGAGCCCGUCUUUUUCUUGCACAGAUUGUUGCCCUUCUGAUUAAGAGGUUUCACCACACUAGGAGAGACUGGAGAGGAACCCUGUUAAAUGUGCUGCUGCCUGUCCUCUUUGUUGCACUGGCAAUGGCCUUGUUUAAUGUGAAGCCACUGGCUACUGAUUACCCUUCUCUCAAGCUAACACCAAGACUUUAUGAUGACGCAGAAUCUUUCUUUAGAAAAAAUAGUUCAUGUUGGCAGAUGGAAUCUAUGUCACCCCAGGAUUCAUGUGGAUGUAUGGCUGAACAACAGAUGUGUCCAAGUUUCAAUACCUCUGUUCCAUAUGUGAAGAAUAAGAAAGGACAUAUUUUGUAUAAUCUGUCAGGGUUUCUUGUAGAAGAGUAUUUAGUGAGACCUUCCAACAGAGCAAGAUAUGGUGGUUGGUCUUUUGGAAGGAGAAGAGCAUUUGAACUUCAAGAUAAAAAAUUGAACAACACCAAAUCAAAGUAUAUGGUUAAGGUAUGGUACAACCAAAAAGGUUUCCAUGCACUGCCAUCUUACUUAAAUGAACUCAACAACUUCAUUCUGUGGGUGAAUUUGCCUCCUAAUGUAGAUUGGAGACAGUAUGGGAUGACACUUUACAGCCAACCAUAUGGAGGAGCCUUCCUGGAUGAGGACAAAAUAAUGGAGAACAUUCGUCAGUGUGGAGUAGCACUCUGUAUCAUGCUGGGUUUCUCUAUCUUUACCGCUUCCAUUGGAAGUGCCAUAGUGAAAGACAGAGUGUCUGGCACAAAACGCCUGCAGCAUAUCACCGGCCUGGGUUACAAAACUUACUGGCUUGGUAACUUCUGCUGUGAUAUGCUGUUUUACAUGGUUCCAGUCACCCUGUGUGUUGGUGUUAUUAGCGCCUUCCAGCUAUCAGCCUUCACUUUCCGAAAGAACUUGGCAGCCACUGUUCUCCUGCUGAUACUCUUUGGAUAUGCAACUUUGCCAUGGAUGUAUCUUGUAUCCCGAUUCUUCUCGAGUUCAGAUGUAGCUUUUAUUUCUUACAUCUCCUUAAAUUUUGUAUUUGGCCUGUGUACCAUGCUUGUGACUCUCUUACCUCGUUUGUUAGCUAUAAUUUCCAGAGUGCAGAGUUUGCAGAACAUCUACAGUAUCCUCAAAUGGGCAUUCAUCGUAUUCCCACAAUUCUGCUUAGGCCAGGGCUUAAUAGAACUUUCGUACAAUCAGAUCAAGUUUGACCUGACCAGCAAUUUUGGAAUAGAUUCAUAUGUGAGCCCCUUUGAGAUGAAUUUCCUGGGCUGGAUUUUUGUGGAAAUGACCAUGCAAGGAACACUAUUCCUUCUUUUAAGACUUUUUCUUCAUUGGGAUCUCCUCCAGAAACCAAGGGGUCAUUGUUCAUCUAAAAGCAUGGUGAUGCCUUCAGAAGAUAUUGAUGUAGAAACGGAGAGACAGCGACUCUUUAGUGGAAGAACUGGUAAUGAUAUCCUCCUUCUGUACAACCUCAGGAAGUGUUAUGGAGGUUUCAAGAAGAACACAGCUGUGGAAAACAUAAACUUAGGAAUACCAAGGGGAGAGUGUUUUGGACUCCUGGGAACAAAUGGAGCUGGGAAAAGCACAACAUUUAAGAUGCUGACUGGAGAUAUCAUCCCAUCUGCAGGACGUGCUGUUAUCAGGACUCCUACAGGGUCUGAAAUGGAUAUAUUGUCUGCCAGCUCUGAAGGCAUUCUCACUGGCUAUUGUCCACAGCAAGAUGCCUUGGAUGAAUUUUUAACUGGUUGGGAACAUCUUUAUUAUUACAGCACACUGCGUGGAAUUCCAAAACAUGAUAUCCAUAAGGUUGCAGAGGACCUUGUCAACAGGUUACACCUUAAUGCCCAUGCUGACCAACUGGUGAGAACGUACAGUGCUGGCACAAAGAGGAAGCUCUCUACUGCUCUGGCUUUAGUUGGUAAACCCCAAAUACUUUUACUGGAUGAACCCAGCUCUGGGAUGGAUCCCUGCUCUAAACGCUACCUUUGGAAAACCAUCCUGAAGGAAGUUCAGGACGGCUGUGCAGCUGUACUGACAUCCCACAGUAUGGAAGAAUGUGAAGCCCUCUGCACACGUCUUGCUAUUAUGGUCAAUGGAAGUUUCAAGUGCCUUGGUUCUCCCCAGCACAUUAAAAACAGGUUUGGAGAUGGUUAUUCUGUCAAGGUUUGGCUUAGUAAAGGUAUAAGCUAUCAAAGAAUGAUUUUGGACUGUCUACAGCUGCAUUUUCCUGGAACACAGUUUAAGGCACAGCAUCUUAACCUGCUCGAGUACCAUGUACCACGAAGCCAGGGAUGCUUGGCAGAGCUCUUCAGAGUGUUAGAGAAUCACAAAGCUUUUCUACAAAUCAAACACUACUCCAUCAGCCAAACCACAUUAGAGCAGGUAUUCAUUAAUUUUGCUACACAACAGCAAGAACUCUCGCAUUCUUCACAAGAAUCUCCUGUUAUUCAUCAUGACCACCUGCCAGUCUAGACUUAGAACAGGAUCAGCAGCAUAUAUGUGUGUGUAUGUGUAUACAUAUGCACAUUUAACAUGUAAUAACUUUUCAGCUGUUAACAGUCUGUGUAUGAGAAACCAAUAGUAGAAGCAGAGGUGAGUUUGCAUCUGUAGGCCAGAAGGAAUGCUGCCAGUUCUCAGUAAAACAUGAAACUGGUUACACGCGGACUAAAAAUCAGUUUUUUAAUUAAGUGGAAUUCAUAAGGGCCUCAUUAAUGCAGCUUUGUGUAAAAAAGAGUGAUCUGAAAUGUUGAAAUGUCACAGUGUAUAGUAGAUUAUUUUUGUGGUGACUCUACAUCCAUUUGACUACAGUAAUCUCUUGCAUGCGCACUUAAUGUUUAACUUUUACAUGGCAAGGAGAGAAAACCCCAUUGAAUGGUAGCAAUAGCUAGGCUAUCAGCCAAUAUUAAUAUUUAAAGCAAAAAAUGAAAUUCUUUUGACUUCUGUAUUAAUUCAGUUCUGUGUUGUGACAAGUUAAAUUAGUCUUUAUUGUAUAAAUGAGGAGCUAUAUUUUAUAUUAAAGAGGUGAUUAGUGUACUAGUUUGCCUCCCAGUUGUCUUAAGUAAAUUUAACACGGUUCCAUAAAUCAUACCUGAAAUGAGUGUUCCCUUAUACUUGCAGGUUGCUGCUGGGAGAAUUCUCAAGUAUCUUUUUAAUGACCUAUUUUGUUUCUAUUUUUUUGUUUCUUAUUUUUCCCAAAAGAAUGUCAAAAUAUUGUUUAAUGGGCAUGUUAAAAGAAAAUAAGAUACACAUUCAGACAC